AUGAUACCUGGUACUGUUACUGAUAUCAAGUGUGAGAUUCCCGAACUUGUGGGUGAUAAUUAUAAGAUCUGGAAAGAAAGGAUUUUGCUUCAUUUGGGAUGUUUAGACAUUGAUGAUGCUAUAAGGAAAGAUGAGCCAAUCAUUGAUGAUGAGAGUACUACGGAUGAUUUACUUCUUCAUGAACGAUGGGAUCGAUCUAAUCGUCUCAGUAUGAUGUUCAUAAAGAGUAAAAUAUCUGAGAGUAUUCGUGGCUCAAUUGAAGAGCAUAAAAAUGUCAAAGCAUUACUGAAAGGAGUUGAUGAACAGUUUGCAACUUCUGAUAAAGCUCUUGCCAGUACUCUUAUAAUCAAGUUCACAACCACGAGGCUCACUACUAUGAGGGGUGUGCGUGAGCAUAUCAUGAAGCUACGGGACAUUGCGGCUCAACUAAAAAGACUUGAGGUUGAUAUGUCAGAGUCUUUCCUGGUGCACUACAUACUAGCGACCCUUCCAUCUGCGUACGGAGCCUUUAAAGUCUCCUACAACACACAUAAGGAGAAAUGGUCAAUUAAUGAACUUAUGACCAUGUGUGUUCAGGAAGAGAAUAGGUUGUGA